UAUUUUUCACACAAACACCAUUCCAUUUAAAAUCCUGUAACUGUAAUAGCUCUCCGUCCCCGCCGCAAACCUAACCACAAACCCUUACAUUUUCAUGGGGCAAUCACCAUCCACCACCGUGCUUUCAUCCGAAUUUAACCGCCACCAAUUUUACGAUUUCGAUUUUGAUUUUGAUUUUGACUUAAGAAACCCUAUCAAUCAUGACUUCACCGCAGAUCUCCCCGAUGAUUGCCUCGCCGGAAUCUUCAGCCACCUCACUACCGCCGACCGCAACCGGUGCUCUGUCGUUUGCCGCCGCUGGCAUCGCGUCGACAGCCAGACUCGCCGCCGCCUUUCACUGAACGCCAAGGCGGAGCUUCAGGAUCACCUGCCGGCCGUGUUCACCCGAUUUGAAUCGGUCACGAAACUCGGUCUGAGGUGCGACCGUAGGUCAACGAGCGUGAACGACGAAGGUUUGAUCCUGAUUUCGCUCCGUUGCGUUAACCUAACGUGGCUCAAGCUCCGUGGAUGCCGUGAGAUAACAGAGGCAGGAAUGGCCGCUGUUGGCGAAAACUGCAAGGCGUUGAAGAAGCUAUCUUGCGCUUCGUGCGUGUUCGGCAUUAAGGGAAUCAACGCUGUCGUUAGCCGUUGCCAGGGUUUGGAAGAGCUCUCCGUUAAGCGGCUGCGUGGGGCCCACGAUGGCGAGGAGGUGGUUGGUUCCGGAACGACGUCGGUGACUUCUGUUUGCUUGAAGGAGAUCGUGAAUGGCCAGAGCUUCGCGCCCCUUAUGAUUGGGUCGAAAAGGCUUCGAUCUUUGAAGGUAAUUGGGUGUUUGGGGGAUUGGGAUGACACCCUUGAGAAGAUUGGGAACCUCCACGCUGCGUUGGUUGAUGUUCACCUUGAGAAGAUUCAAGUUAGCGAUGUGGGUCUUGUGGGUUUGUCUAAGUGUUUGAGUCUGGACACUUUGCACAUUGUGAAAACCGCUGAGUGCUCAAAUGUGGGUCUCAAUCUAGUUGCUGAGAACUGCAGGAUGUUGAGGAAGCUUCACGUUGAUGGGUGGAGAACCAAUAGGAUUGGUGAUGAUGGGUUGAUUUCUGUUGCCAAACACUGCAUUAACUUGCAGGAACUUGCUUUGAUUGGUAUCUAUCCAACAUCUUCGAGCCUUGAGGCAAUUGCUUCCAAAUGCAAGGCUUUGGAGAGGUUGGCACUUUGUGGGCUUAAUACCGUUGGUGACGCUGAGAUUGAGUGUGUUGCCAACAAGUGUGUUGCGCUCAAGAAGCUUUGCAUUAAGGGGUGCCCUAUAUCCAAUGUGGGGAUUGAAGCUCUUGCUUCUGGUUGCCCCAAUUUGGUUAAGUUUAAGGUGAGGAGAUGCAGAAAGGUUACUGGUAUGGUUGUGGAGUGGGUGCGUGAACAUAGGGAGUCCUUGGCGUUUAGUUUUGAUAAUAGUGAUUAUGAAGCAUUGAAUGCGAGUCAAAUUGAUCAUGAUCAUGCAGUGAAUGAUAUGAUAGCAUUACACAGAGAAAAUGAGGAGGUGGCUGCUGCUGCAGCAGCAGAAGCAUCAAAUGGUUACAAUGGAUUGGCAAUGUUGAGAGCAACAUUUGGGUUUUUGGCUAAUAGAAGUGUAGUGCAAUCAGCGUUGAGAAGGUGGUAUAACAAUGAUAAUGUCCCCGCUCAAUAGUAGCAUUUUCAUGACCUUAGUAAGAAAGCAAACGCGUUCUUGCCAAAGUCCUCAUUUGACAAUAUGAGAAGGUGAAUUCUUUGGUUCAAUUUGCCUUUUGGGAGUUUCAGUUUCCUGAGUAGCUAGUAGCUUUGUUGCUGCUGCUGUUAGCUAGCUGCAUUUGCUAAUAACCUCUAUUGGUUCUGUUCGGCUGUUCUUAUUAUUUGUGUUGAUGGUGAUACUAGCUUCGUAUUACAAUUAGUAUAUUAUAUUUUUUUGUUUCAUUUGGAACACUGUUGUAUCAUAUUUGGAUUAAUCUUACAAAUAUUGGCGUGUAAUGUGAUCACUGAUCACCGGAACCUCUUUUUAACGAAAGAGCAUUUAAAUUCUUUAA